UGUUCUUUGUUCAAAUCGAACCGAUGUCCUGAAGAUCGGUUUUGGACAUUGGUUCGGUGUUCCUUCUUACAAACCGAACCGAUGUCACCCAGCAAGAAUCUCUGCUGUGUCUGGGAGAAAGAGAAAAGGAAUUCUCUAAUCUUGCUGCAUAUUCUCUGCAAAAACCACUGAUGUCAAGCUCUAGUUUCCCUCCUAUCUUCCAAUACCACAACCCUAGCUCAAGAAGAAAUAUCAUUUUAAAGAGGCCCGAGGUCAUCUCUGGAUUUUACUAUGACAAAGACUUUGGUCCUUACGUUCCAACCACUGAAGUCACCUGUGCAAAAGUUUGAAGGGCUCAAGUUUUUAAAGCGUCAAGCACCAAAAAUGCAGCUCACACUCACCCAGCCUGAUGAUUGGCAUCUUCAUCUCCGUGAUGGUGAUCUUUUAAAAGCUGUUCUCCCUCACAGCGCAAGUAACUUUGGAAGGGCUAUUGUGAUGCCAAAUUUGAAGCCACCCAUCACUACCACAGCCGCUGCAGUUGCUUAUCGAGAUUCUAUCUUGAAAACAUUACCGUCCAACAGCAACUUCAUUCCUCUUAUGACGCUUUAUUUGACAGAUACAAUGAGCCCUAACGAGAUUAAGCUCGCAAGAAGAAGUGGGGCCGUUUAUGCUGUAAAAUUGUAUCCUGCUGGUGCUACAACAAAUUCCCAAGAUGGUGUAACUGAUCUUUUUGGAAAGUGUCUACCGGUCCUUGAGGAGAUGGUUGAACAGAAUAUGCCUCUGUUGGUUCAUGGCGAAGUAACAAAUCCCGAUAUUGACGUGUUUGAUCGUGAGAAGGUCUUCAUUGAAACUGUGUUGAAACCCUUGAUUCAGAGGCUUCCAAAACUGAAGGUGGUGAUGGAGCAUAUCACUACUGCAGACGCUGCUAACUUUGUUCAGUCUUACAAAGAUGGAUUUUUAGCAGCAACAGUUACUCCACAGCAUCUUCUUCUCAAUAGGAAUUCUUUGUUUCAAGGAGGAUUGCAGCCACAUAAUUACUGUCUCCCAGUACUCAAGAGAGAGACCCAUAGAGAGGCAAUUGUGUCAGCUGUGACCAGUGGAAGUAAAAAGUUUUUCCUCGGAACUGAUAGUGCUCCACACGAGAGGCGAAGGAAAGAAUGUACUUGUGGAUGUGCGGGUAUAUACAGCGCCCCAAUUGCCUUAUCAUUAUAUGCAAAGGUGUUCGAAGAGGCGGGUGCUCUCGAUAAAUUAGAAGCAUUUACGAGUUUCAACGGACCAGACUUCUACGGACUCCCCAGAAACACCUCAAAAAUUACACUGCAAAAGGCUCCAUGGAAGGUUCCAGAGUCCUUUUCAUUUUCGUUUGGGGAUAUUGUUCCAAUGUUUGCAGGUGAGACACUUGAGUGGCAGCCAUGCUUUAACUGAGACUGACUGAAUGAACUCAAGUUCCUUCCAAUUGUUGCUUACAUUAUUAGCACACCUUUUCUGGCAUUUCGUUCCAUUAUCUGAUUAUAGACUGAUUCUUGAUUUCCCACCAUAAAAACUUCUUGUCUUUUGUAGAACUACUUAUGUAUGAUCCUUCACAUGAUAGAAAUAAAAUCAUGAUGGAAUUUUGGCAUGGAUGA